CUCGCAGUUGUGUUUCGCGUCUCUAAACGUUGAGUUCAGCUUCUCAAGUUCCACUCUCCACUCUUCCACCCAGUCGACAACUGGCAGCAGAAGACACAUAAAACUUGCAACGCGCGCCUAAAACGAAUUCUACUUUUUUUUGCUGUUUUUUUUUAAACAAGUGUUUUUGCAUUAUUUUGUGGUUGCCGCUUGCCGCCAUCUUCACGGAUUCACAGGAUAAGACACGUGUAAAUAGUUGCAACAAGAUGAGCAACUCCAUCACCCGCUCUCUGUUGGUGCUGCUUUUGGCCAGCGCCGUCCUAAUCGAGGCCAAGACGGUGCAUCGACGCACCGACAAGAUCUCCGAGAACUUUAAGCAGCUCGAUCUGCCCCCAGAGGAGAUCGAUCCCAAUGUCGCUCCCCCCGACAGCUCAGCUCCCAUAGCCGACGCUCAGGACGCACUCGAUACCGCUGCAACCCCCGUGACCUCUGCCCCCGCUGCUCCGGCUGCUGCAGUUGCUGCCGUGGAUGAAACCCUCAAUGAGAUCGCCAGCGAAGACACCGUGCCAGCUGCAGCUGCAGCUGCCGCAGAGGCAACACCCGCAGAGACAACCGCUGUGGCAACAGCCAAACCCAAACCGAAGCCCACCAAGAGUCCCAAGCCACAGGAUGAGGACAAGAACCCCAUCAGUCGGUACUGCAAGUGCACGGAGUCGCAUUGCGACUGCUGUCGCAAGUUCGGCUUGCCAUUGCUGCCCAGCGGACCCGGAUGUGCCAAGAUCGCGUAUCUGGGCAACGACGAGAUGAGCGUCUCGCUCAAGUUCGGCCAGAUCACGCUCGCCUCGCGUCGCAUCUCCAGCAAGCGGGCGCGUCCCAUUUGCGUCAGCAUGCCCGGCGGCUACAACAAGUUCUGCGGUCGCGUCUACGGUUUGUCCCAGGCCAAGGAGAACUUCAAGGCCUGCCUCGCCUUCGAGCUGCGCGCCGAGGACGAAGUGGAGGCCCAGCUGCCCAUCUCGUGCUUCAAAUUCGGAGCCGAGGGACUGCGCGUUGCCGAGGCCGAACCUCUGCCCACCAAGGUGAAGGCGCCACAGGAUGAGGAUGACGAUGACGACAUCUUUGGCUUUGGAGCUGGCGGCGAUGAUGACGAGGACGACGAGGACGAUUACGAUGAUGCCGAGGAACCAUCAGCGGAGGACGACGAUGCCGAGGACUACACCGAGGACGACGACACCGAGGCGCCAGAGGAUGCCGACUAUGGCGGCUUUAGUCUGGGCGGUCUGCUCGACGAACUCGACGACGACGAGGACGAGAAGCCAGCGAAGAAACCAGUUGCCGCAGCUGCCACACCUGCCACGGUGGCAGAUCAGACUCGUGAGCACGUGGAGACGGAUGUGAUGCAGAGCAAGGAUGAGUCCGGGACUGUGGCAGCAGCCGCUGAUUCAGUUGUGGCUGCCGAGGAGGCGGCUGUGAGUGCGGUGACUGCGGCGCCAGCUGCAGCUGCGGAGGCAACGGGAGCAACGGGAACAACAACGACAGGGUCGAAGAAGAAGUCGAAGAAGGCGAAAAAGAACAAGAAGAAGAAGAAGGCCGCUUCGGUGGCAAGCGAAACCGAAGGCGACUUUGCCUACGAGCUGCUGAAUGGCAUUCUGGAUUUUUUCAAUUGAGCGGCCAACGCGAGUUCGCCAACAUGCUUGGCAACACUGUAAAUAUCUUGCAACGACGUUGAGCUGCACCCAACACGAUGAUGAAGAAGAAUAUGAUGAUGAAAAAGGGUUUCAGGAGUUAAGCUAGUUAAGAGUCGCAUCCUUUUGUACUUUGUGCCGUGCUGCGCAUUAAUUUAUUUAUUUUUAUUUAUUUAUUCAUCACACACGUCCCACGAGAUUUCUCUGUGCCCACAAAUCGUACUUACUUUAUUUAAAUCCUAACUUAAAAACUCAUUAAAUAGUGGUCUAAAAAAAAACA